AGUUAAAGCUCUCCUACAAAAUACUUAAACUAUACAAGGUUUGAGGUGACUGUCAUGGUGUUGUACGUAAUCCUAAAGUUUAGUAGAUGUCCAAAAUGUUUUGGUUUAGUAAAUAGGUAGACCCAUUUAAUUUUUGACAAUAAUAUUUUGGUUUGUUGUGCACAUGGAAAUACAAAAGGGAAUCACGAAAGUUUGGUUUCGUUGGUAGCAUGGAAGUAUAAAUAAUUUUGUAUAUUAUGUGUAUCAUUAAUUGGUUAAUUAGUUUCAUUGGUUAGUAGUGUUGAAACCAAACCAAACCACCUAAACCAAAUAAGCUAAAUUGUUUAACCAAACCAAACCAAUUAUCCAAAUUAACCGAAUACUACCUGUUAAUAUGGUUACCACGGUUACCAAUCCGUUUGAACACCUCUACCUAGGAAUACCAAAAAUGCCCCACUUUAUUAAAACCGUUAAAUUAUAGAAAAGAGUAAUAAAUGGUGAUUGUAUGCAAUUGGCACUAUGCUAAUUCCUUAAUGGGUUAGCAUGUGAUUUCAUUCCAACAGAAGUUGUAAUAAAUAGAAAAGAACAAAUUCUUUAUUCCUUGUUUAAUGUACUCGUGGAGAUUACGCUGUUUUAAUUAGUUAAAUUUUGGAAUUCAGAUCAAAGAGGCGCAUCUAGUGUAGUGGUAUCAUAGUACCCUCCCACGGUACUGACCGGGGUUCGAUUCCCCGGAUGCGCACUACUUUUGUAUUUUUUAUUUUUAACUUUCAAACCGUACCCUAGAAAUAGAAAGCAAAUUAUUCCUUUUCCUUUUUCACUCUAUACUAUCUCCAUUCUCCAAGCAAGCAGCUCGAGGCUCUGUCAACAGAGCUUUUCAGUCCAGACUUCCACCAGAAAACAAACCAAAAGACAACAAUGGCUUCCGCCUCGUCGGCGCCCUCCGUAAUCGUCAUCGGAGCCGGAAUCUCUGGAAUCGCGGCUGCGAAGACGCUUCACGACGCCGGUGUGAAGGACAUCGUGAUCCUGGAAGCGACAUCCCAUGUGGGAGGACGGAUGCGGAAAGCGGAGAUCGGCGGGCACACGGUGGAGCUCGGAGCUAACUGGUACCUCAGUGGAGGGCCUGUUCCCAAUCCAAUCGCCGAAAUCGCCAGCAAAUUGAACCUCAAAUAUACCCUCACAGACAACGGAAACCUUUCUUCCAACACCUACAAACAACAAGGCGGAUUGUACCCGAAGGAAGCCGUCGAGGCAGCUCAAAAGGCCACCGCUGCGAGGACUGAUUUCUGCGCAAAGUUCAGCCAGGCUCUGAAUUCAGGAGCUAAGGAAGACGACGAUAUCUCCAUUUUGGCGGCGCAUCGGUUGUCCGGAAGUCUACCCGAAACUCCUCUAGAAAGAGUUGUAGAGUACAUGAACGAUGAAUUGACAGAUGGAGAGCCGCCAGAACUCACGAGCUUGAAGAACGUUCACCCAAGGACGAUAGGCCCCGACCAUGGCCCGCUAGCUCACUUCGUGGCAGAUCCCAGAGGCUAUGAGGCUAUACCUCAGUAUGUUGGGGAGCAGUUCCUUUCCUCCAUCAAUGGCGAUCCCCGCCUCCAGCUGAAUAAGGUGGUUAGAGAAAUCACCUAUACGGAGAAUAUGGUGGUAGUCCAAACCGAGGAUGGGUCGACAUAUCAGGCAAACUAUGUCAUUAUUUCUGUAAGCAUCGGAGUGCUCCAGAGUGAUCUCAUUCAGUUCAAGCCGCAGCUUCCGAUGUGGAAGAGGGUUGCAAUAGCUGAUUUCAGUAUGGCUGUGUACUCAAAGAUAUUCUUCCAAUUCCCUCACAAGUUUUGGCCAACUGGUCCUGGAACUGAGACCUUCCUUUACGCCCAUAUCCAACGUGGUUACUAUCCUGUUUGGCAGCAUCUGGAUAAUGAGAUCCCGGGAUCGAACAUACUAAUGGUGACGGUAACAUACGACGAGGCCAAACGAAUGGAGCAGCUGUCAGACAAAGAGUUGCAGGCUGAGGCCAUGGGCGUGCUGAGAAAGAUGUUUGGUGAAAAAAUCCCAGAGCCUGAGAGCGUGCUGACACACAGGUGGUUUUCGGACAGGUUCUACAGGGGAAGCCAUUCCAACUGGCCGCGUGGCUAUAGCCAAGAUCGCCAUGACAAAUUGGGGGCUGCAGUUGGCCCAGUUUACUUCACAGGGGAGCAUCUCCACAAGAAGUAUUUUGGAUGGGUUAGUGGCGCUUACUUAGCAGGGAUCGACACUGCCAAGUCUUUGUUGAAGAGCUUGGAGAAGUAAGCAAUGCCGUGUAGAAGAAGGUAGGCAACAGUGGAAUAAAUGCUCGUUACAUUUUUGUGCCAUGUAGGAUUUGCAAUUGACUAAAUACUUCAUAUGUGCUAAAUUGUGGACUUGUGGUCCAAUGUCUGUUAAUUUAAAAUUCUAGGGGUAUUAUUGCGAACAGGAUCAAAGUUUGUGCCAUAUAACGAUAUUUCGCCAAAUAAAGGUAAUAAUCACUU